AUGUCCGAGUCCCCCGAUAAAGACUACUCCCAGCUCCACGCUGGAUUGGCCCCCCACUUCAAGGGCUUGAACUCCGUCCACAGAGCCGAGCCAGGCAAGAUAACCGACUUCGUCAAGUCCCACCAGGGCCACACCGUCAUCUCCAAGGUGUUGAUUGCUAACAACGGUAUUGCCGCCGUCAAAGAGAUCCGUUCGGUGCGGAAGUGGGCCUACGAGACGUUUGGCGAUGAAAGAGCAGUGCAGUUCACAGUCAUGGCCACGCCAGAGGACUUGGAGGCCAAUGCCGAGUACAUCCGUAUGGCCGACCAGUUCGUGGAAGUGCCAGGUGGAACCAACAACAAUAACUACGCCAACGUCGACUUGAUCAUCGAAAUCGCCGAAAGAACAAACGUCCACGCCGUGUGGGCCGGGUGGGGCCAUGCCUCCGAAAACCCAUUGUUGCCAGAAGGAUUGGCCGCGUCCCCCAAUAAGAUCAUUUUCAUCGGUCCUCCCGGGUCUGCCAUGAGAUCCUUGGGUGACAAGAUCUCCUCCACCAUCGUCGCCCAGCACGCCCAAGUUCCAUGUAUUCCUUGGUCCGGUACUGGUGUUGACCAGGUCACAGUCGACCCCGAAACUAACUUGGUUUCGGUCGAAGACGAAAUCUACCAGCAGGGUUGUUGUACCUCUCCCGAAGACGGUUUGGUCAAGGCCAGGCAAAUCGGAUAUCCCGUCAUGAUUAAAGCCUCCGAAGGUGGUGGUGGUAAGGGUAUCAGAAGGGUCGACGACGAAAAGGACUUCAUCGCGUUGUACAAGCAAGCUGCGAAUGAAAUUCCCGGUUCCCCUAUCUUCAUCAUGAAGUUGGCUGGCUCCGCCAGACACUUGGAGGUCCAAUUGUUGGCCGAUCAAUAUGGUACCAACAUCUCCUUGUUCGGAAGAGAUUGUUCCGUCCAAAGAAGACAUCAAAAGAUUAUCGAAGAAGCCCCAGUCACCAUUGCUAACAAGGAUACCUUCCACCAGAUGGAAAACGCUGCCGUCAGAUUGGGUAGAUUGGUCGGUUACGUUUCUGCUGGUACUGUCGAAUACUUGUACUCUCACGCUGACGACAAAUUCUACUUCUUGGAAUUGAACCCAAGAUUGCAAGUCGAACAUCCAACCACCGAGAUGGUCACCGGUGUUAACUUGCCAGCCGCUCAAUUACAAAUUGCUAUGGGUAUUCCAAUGCAUCGUAUCAGAGACAUCAGAACCAUGUAUGGUGUCGAUCCUCACACCGCAACCCCAAUCGAUUUCGAAUUCACCAAUGAAGAUUCCCUCACCUCUCAAAGAAGACCAGUGCCUAAGGGUCACACCACUGCUUGUCGUAUCACUUCGGAAGAUCCAGGUGAAGGGUUCAAGCCUUCUGGUGGUAAUUUACAUGAAUUAAAUUUCAGGUCUUCCUCCAACGUGUGGGGUUAUUUCUCUGUUGGUACUAAAUCAUCUAUCCACUCUUUCUCUGAUUCUCAGUUCGGUCACAUUUUCGCUUUUGGUGAAAAUCGUCAAGCUUCCAGAAAACAUAUGGUUGUUGCAUUGAAAGAAUUGUCUAUCAGAGGUGAUUUCAGAACCACUGUGGAAUAUUUAAUCAAAUUGUUAGAAACACCAGCUUUCGAAGGUAACACCAUAACUACUGGUUGGUUAGAUGAAUUAAUUAGCAAGAAAUUGACAGCUGAAAGACCAGACCCAAUUAUUGCUACUGUUUGUGGUGCUGUUACCAAAGCUCAUAUCCAGUCCGAAGAAGACAAGAAACUUUACAUUCAGACUUUAGAAAAGGGUCAAGUUCCAAACAACAGUUUGUUGAGAACCGUUUUCCCAGUUGAAUUUAUUUAUGAAGGCCAAAGAUACAAGUUCACUGCUACCAAGUCCUCCAACGAUAGUUACACCUUAUUCUUGAAUGGUACCAGAUGUGUGGUUGGUGUUCGUCCUUUAUCCGACGGUGGUUUGUUAUGUGCCAUCGGUGGUAAGUCUCACUCUGUCUAUUGGAAGGAAGAAGCUUCUGCUACUAGAUUAUCUGUUGAUAGUAAGACUUGUUUGUUGGAAGUUGAAAAUGAUCCAACUCAAUUAAGAACUCCUUCUCCAGGUAAAUUGGUUAAGUACUUAGUCGAAUCAGGUGAGCAUGUUACUGCUGGACAAGCUUAUGCCGAAGUUGAAGUCAUGAAGAUGGUUAUGCCUUUGAUUGCUCAAGAGAAUGGUGUUGUCCAAGUAAUUAAACAACCUGGUUCUACUGUUAAUGCUGGUGACAUCUUGGCCAUUUUGUCCUUAGAUGAUCCAUCCAAGGUCAAGCACGCUUUACCUUACGAAGGUACUCUUCCUGAAUUAGGUGAGCCAAUUGUUUUAGGUACCAAGAUUGUCCACAAGUUCUUCUUGUACUCUAGUAUUUUGAGAAACAUUUUGACUGGUUACGAUAACCAAGUCAUCAUGAACUCUACUUUGAAGAGCUUGAUUGAAGUCUUGAAAUCUAAAGAUUUGCCAUUUUCCGAAUGGAAUUUGCAAGCAUCUGCUUUACAUUCAAGAUUGCCAAUCAAGUUGGAUGAAUCAUUGAAUGCAUUAGUUCAAAGAGCAACAUCUAGAGGCGCUGAUUUCCCAGCACGUCAAAUUUUGAAAUUGAUUCAAAAGACUGCCACUGAUCCAGAAACUGAUGCCUCUUUCGAAGCUGUUGCCGCUCCCUUGGUUGAAAUUGCUACUAGGUACUCUAAUGGUUUGGUUGAGCAUGAAUUCGAUUUCUUCGCUAAGUUGAUCAUGGAGUACUACGACAUUGAAACACUUUUCUCAGGUGAAACCACCAGAGAAGAUGAUGUGAUUUUGAAGUUGAGAGAUGAAAACAAGUCAGACUUGAACAAGGUUACCACUAUUUGCUUAUCUCACUCCAGAGUCAGCGCCAAGAACAAUUUGUUGUUGGCUAUUAUGGAAGAAUACCAACCUGUUUUGCAAUCAUCUUCUAGCAUUGCUGUUUCUAUCAGACAAGCUUUGAAGAGUAUUGUUACCUUAGAUGCUAGAGGUACUGCCAAGGUUGCUUUGAAGGCAAGAGAAAUUUUGAUUCAAUGUUCUUUACCAUCUAUCCAAGAAAGAUCUGAUCAAUUAGAGCAUAUUUUGAGAUCUGCUGUUCUUCAAACAUCUUAUGGUGAGAUUUAUGCUAAGCAUAGAGAACCAAGAUUAGAUAUCAUUCAAGAAGUUGUUGACUCUAAGCACACUGUCUUCGAUGUCUUACCACAAUUCUUGGUCAACAAUGAUGAAUGGGUCUCUAUUGCUGCCUCUGAAGUCUACAUUAGACGUUCUUACAGAGCAUACUCAUUGGGUCCUGUUUCUUAUCACUUCCACGAUAGAUUACCAAUCUUGGAAUGGAAAUUCCAAUUACCAAGUUUGACUUCUGCUCAAUAUAACUCCAUCCAACAUCUUAAGAACGAACAGAACAAGAUGGAUAGAGCCGCUUCUGUCUCUGAUUUGUCAUUUGUUGUUGAUACUUCUACUGAGCAAAAGACUAGAACUGGUAUCUUGGUCCCAUGCAGACACUUAGAUGAUGUCGAUGAGAUGAUUGCUGCCGCCUUGGAAAGAUUCCAACCUUCCGAUGCUAUCACUUUUGAAGCAAAGGGCGAACAACCAGCUUUCACUAAUGUUUUCAACGUUGUGAUUACCAAUCAUGAUAGUUAUACUACCGAAGAAGAAGUUUUGGCUAAAAUUCAAGAAGUAAUUGACGACUUUAAGGAUGACUUCAAGGCUGUUGCUAUUCGUCGUAUCACUUUUGUUGUUGCUAACAAGGUCGGUGUUUAUCCAAAGUAUUUCACCUUCAACGCUCCUGAUUACAUUGAGAACAAGGUUAUCCGUCAUAUUGAGCCCGCUUUGGCUUUCCAAUUAGAAUUGGGAAGAUUAGACAAUUUUGACAUCAAACCAAUCUUCACAGACAACAGAAACAUCCAUGUUUAUGAAGCCCUUGGUAAGAACGCUAGAUCUGAUAAGAGGUUCUUCACUAGAGGUAUUGUUAGAACUGGUAUUCUUCGUGAUGAAAUCAGUAUCAGUGAAUACUUAAUCGCUGAAUCUAACAGAUUGAUGAGCAACAUUUUAGAUGCUCUUGAGAUCAUUGACACCUCAAACUCCGAUUUGAAUCACAUCUUCAUCAAUUUCUCCAACGUAUUUAACGUCUUACCAGAAGAAGUUGAAGCUGCUUUCGGCUCAUUCUUGGAAAGAUUUGGUAGAAGAUUGUGGAGAUUGCGUGUGACUGGUGCUGAAAUCCGUAUUGUUUGUACCGAUCCAACCACUGGAAACUCCUUCCCAUUACGUGCUAUCAUUAACAAUGUUUCUGGUUAUGUUGUCAAGUCAGAAUUAUACAUGGAAGUGAAGAACACUAAGGGUGAAUGGGUUUUCAAAUCUAUGGGUCAACCAGGUUCCAUGCAUUACAGACCAAUUUCCACUCCAUACCCAGCAAAGGAAUCUUUGCAACCAAAGCGUUACAGGGCUCACAAUAUGGGUACCACUUAUGUGUACGAUUUCCCAGAAUUGUUCCGUCAAGCCACUCUUUCUCAGUGGAAGAAGCAUCCUAAGCUUAAGGUUCCUAAGGAUGUGUUCACUUCCUUUGAAUUAAUUAACGAUGAGAACGAGGACUUGAUUGCAGUUGAAAGAGAACCUGGUGCAAACAAGAUUGGUAUGGUUGGUUUCAAGGUUGUUGCCAAGACUCCUGAAUAUCCUCGUGGUCGUCAAAUGAUUAUUGUUGCCAACGAUAUCACUCACAAGAUCGGUUCUUUCGGUCCAGAAGAAGAUAAAUACUUCAACCAAUGUACUGAAUUGGCUAGAGAAUUAGGAAUCCCAAGAAUUUAUCUUUCGGCCAACUCUGGUGCUAGAAUUGGUAUUGCCGAUGAAUUGGUUCCUUUAUUCAAGGUCGCUUGGAAUGAAGAUGGUGUUCCUGAGAAGGGUUUCAAGUACUUGUACUUGACUCCCGAGGAUAUGAAAGCAAUUACUGAUUCUGGAAAGGGCCACACCGUUGUUGCUGAGAGAUCCGUUGAAGAAGGCCAGGAACGUUAUGUCAUCAAGUCUAUUGUUGGUGCUGAAGAUGGUUUGGGUGUUGAAUGUCUUAAGGGUUCUGGUUUGAUUGCUGGUGCAACUUCUAGAGCUUACAAGGAUAUCUUCACAAUCACCUUGGUCACCUGUAGAUCUGUUGGUAUUGGUGCUUAUUUGGUCAGAUUAGGUCAAAGAGCUAUUCAAAUUGAAGGCCAACCAAUCAUUUUGACAGGUGCUCCAGCUAUCAACAAAUUGUUAGGUAGAGAAGUUUAUUCUUCCAACUUGCAAUUAGGUGGUACUCAAAUCAUGUACCGUAAUGGUGUUUCCCAUUUAACUGCUACUGAUGACUUGGCUGGUGUAGAGAAGAUUCUCGAAUGGUUAUCUUUUGUACCUGCCAAGCGUGGAAUGCCAGUUCCAACCUUGCCUUCCGAGGAUACUUGGGACAGAGACAUUGAUUAUUACCCACCAAAGGACGAACCAUUUGAUGUCCGCUGGAUGAUUGAAGGUCGUGAGAUUGAUGGAGAUUUUGAAACUGGUUUGUUCGACAAGGGAUCUUUCCAAGAAACCUUGUCCGGAUGGGCUAAGGGUGUCGUUGUCGGUAGAGCUAGACUUGGUGGUAUUCCAAUUGGUAUUAUCGGUGUUGAGAACAGAAUGGUUGAAAACUUAAUACCUGCUGAUCCAGCCAACCCUGACUCCACUGAAGUCAUGAUCCAAGAAGCUGGUCAAGUUUGGUAUCCAAACUCCGCUUUCAAGACCGCUCAAGCUAUUAGAGAUUUCAACAAUGGUGAGCAAUUGCCAUUAAUGAUUUUAGCUAACUGGAGAGGUUUCUCUGGUGGUCAGAAGGAUAUGUACAAUGAAGUCCUUAAGUAUGGUGCUUUUAUCGUUGAUGCCUUAACCGAGUUCAAGCAACCAAUUUUCACUUACAUUCCACCAAACGGUGAAUUGAGAGGUGGUUCCUGGGUCGUUGUUGAUCCAACCAUCAACGCUGAAAUGAUGGAAAUGUACGCCGACGUUGAUUCCAGAGCUGGUGUCUUAGAACCAGAAGGUAUGGUUGGUAUUAAGUACAGACGUGACAAGUUAUUAAGCACUAUGCAAAGAUUAGAUCCAACUUACGCUGAGUUGAAGAGUAAGUUGGCCGAUGCUUCUUUGAGUGCCGAAGAACAUAGCCAGAUUUCUGCCAAGGUGACUGCUCGUGAAAAGAUGUUACUUCCAAUUUACGCCCAAAUCUCAGUUCAAUUCGCUGAUUUGCACGAUAGAUCUGGUCGUAUGUUGGCUAAGGGAGUCAUUAGGCAAGAAAUUAAGUGGGUUGAUGCUAGACGUGUCUUCUUCUGGCGUUUACGUCGUCGUUUGAACGAAGAGUACUUGUUGAAACUCAUCGGUGAACAAUUGAAGUCUCCAACCAAGUUAGAGAAGGUUGCUAGAUUGAAGAGUUGGAUGCCAGCUGUUGAUUACGAAGAUGAUGAAGCUGUUAGUACCUGGAUUGAAGAAAACCAUUCCAAGUUGCAAAAUAAUAUUGAAGAAUUGAAGCAAGAAGCUAUUCGCCAAAAGAUUCACAGUUUUGUCAACGAGGAUCCAAACCAAAGUGCUUCUGUUGUUAAGGAAAUCUUUGGAACUUUAUCUGAAGAACAAAAGAGCGAAUUAUUGAAAUCUCUUCAGUAA